CUUGUAUCCACCAGCUCAACAACUUGUCUGCUGCCAUAGCAACUGCGGAGGAGCACCGAGCCCGGCGCGAGCGCCGCCCGCUUUGUGCUGUCGACGUCACGCGUAGCAACAGCCAAUCACAAGUUCCCAUCCUUUAGCAAGACAGAGGGAUGGAGUGGGCGGGCGCUUGGCAGCUCGUUCCCUCCGCCGAUUGAACAGAUAGCCCGUCACUCUCCACUGUUCUCGCCUCUGAUUGGCCAGCGGGCUUUACUUCCAAUAAUAUAAACAUGUCUGCCGCUCGCAUGGCUUGAACCGAGGCUUGAAGAGCGACUAUGCUACAUCAAACUGUAUAAAACUCCCAUGUAUUUGCCUGCGGUGUGGGGGCUAAAUCUUUAUUAUUGUUGGAGAUAAUGCACAUAGCUGCACGUGCACGCCUCACGGAAACGAGGACACCCCCGCCGCCGCUUCCGCCGCCGCCGCUGCAAGAAAGACAGAGGGGACUCUGCCGUUCUUCUAUCAUUCUAAUCACCAUCCUAAGUACCAGCUCCUAACAUUUUGUGUUUUGGUGCUCAGGCGAGAAGUGACAACAACAUAGACCCCUCCUCUGCAGGGCGGAGCGUGCAUUUUCAUUUCGUAUUUUUUUAUUUUUUAUUUUUUCUACCACUGUAGCCUGCUCUGACACGUCUGCACUGAGUGAGUGGCAUUGGCACACUGUCAAUCGCUCACUACCGCUGCCAUCAAACACAUAAAACACACAGGCAGAGGCUGCAGCUCAUAAAUUUCAGCAGGGCGAGAUCUUUUUUUGCGCAUCGCCUUUAUACAGAAUCCUAAUUAAUUUCGUCUCGCUUUAUUUCUUAACCAGAAAUCUUCCAACUUUUUAUUUUUUAAUUUUUUUGGUUACGAUUUCAUAUUUUUAUAGGGACACUUGGACACCUUUAUGCUACAGAUUGUGUUUUUUUUUUAAUUUGACAAUUGUCGCUGGAAACAUUUACGCGCAUUUAUUGCUGCCGCGAUUUCUUUGAUUUGUUUCCACAUUUGGAUAUUUUUGUUGCUCAGCUGGAGGAUUUUUUUUAAUUUACAUUUUUUGACAUCUUCAAGAGGAAAUGUGCCGGGAAUCUGGUGAAGAGCGCUGAAUAACUGAGAGGUCACUAAGGAGCGUUUCUGUCAACACCGCCGGUCAAAUCAGAGCAAGCAAGAAGUGGAAAAAAAAGAAAAGACUGAUUGCUGCGAGGACUGGAUAUGAUGGAGCGUCAAUUUUGACAAAGAAGUUUUCAGAAGAAGAAAGAUCCAUGUGUUUUCUCACGAAUCGAGCUGCGCGUUUUGGCACUUUGGACCGCGCGUAAAAGCAGCGAGAGGACGACUUGGACACAUUUUUACGCACCAGAAAACAAACAAACAAACAAAAAAAGGCAUCUCCGAUUUUGUGCCGAAAAAUAAGCCAAAAAAGGAGGACAUCCGUGCUCUAAUUUUGUCGGACAACCCGACAGUCUUACACCCUUUCCGCUCGCGGCACAUGCUAUAGCCGAUAUAUGAGUUUUUCAAUUUGUGUGGCUCAGUGCACAGACUCUUUAGCGGCUACUAUGGACGAUCAAGCCCGGAUCAUGCAGUCGAUCGGCGGGGUGAGUCUGGCCGGCCACUCGGUGCAGGGAGGCAUGGCACUGCCGCCUCCACAUGGACACGAUGGGACAGACGGAGACGGGAGGAAGCAGGACAUCGGUGACAUUCUGCAUCAAAUCAUGACCAUAACUGAUCAAAGUCUGGACGAGGCGCAAGCAAAAAACAGGAAACAUGGACUGAACUGUCACAGAAUGAAACCAGCACUCUUCAGCGUUCUCUGUGAAAUCAAAGAAAAAACAGGUCUAAGCAUUCGUGGCGCCCAGGAGGAGGACCCUCCAGACCCCCAGCUUAUGCGCUUAGACAACAUGCUGCUGGCAGAGGGAGUGGCGGGACCAGAGAAAGGUGGCGGAUCGGCUGCAGCGGCGGCGGCCGCUGCUGCCUCGGGUGGGGCGGCCGACAACUCCAUCGAACACUCCGACUACAGAGCCAAACUCACCCAGAUCAGACAGAUUUACCACACGGAGCUGGAGAAAUACGAACAGGCAUGUAACGAGUUCACCACCCAUGUGAUGAAUCUACUGAGGGAACAAUCUCGCACGCGACCCAUCUCGCCCAAAGAGAUUGAGCGCAUGGUGGGAAUAAUCCACCGUAAAUUCAGCUCCAUCCAGAUGCAGCUAAAGCAAAGCACCUGUGAGGCUGUCAUGAUCCUGCGCUCCAGAUUCCUUGAUGCCAGGCGGAAAAGGAGAAACUUCAGCAAGCAGGCGACGGAAAUUUUGAACGAAUAUUUCUACUCCCACCUUAGUAACCCAUAUCCCAGCGAGGAAGCGAAAGAGGAGCUGGCCAAGAAGUGCAGCAUCACUGUUUCCCAGGGGGUGGGAAGCACCAUCACAGUAUCACAGGUAUCCAACUGGUUCGGCAACAAAAGGAUCCGAUACAAGAAAAACAUUGGCAAGUUUCAGGAAGAAGCCAACCUGUAUGCCGCCAAGACUGCCGUAAAUGCAGCGCACGCUGCAGCUGCUGCAGUGCAGAACAGCCAGGCCAACUCACCUACCACUCCUAACUCUGGAUUCCAGAUGAAAGAUGAAGAGUUUCAGCUGGAUUCUGCAGAGAGCAAAAACACUCUUUUAAGCAACAUGUUUACUGGUUCUUCAGGUUCUUUUAGCCUCCCAAACUCGGGGGACAUGUUCUUGAGCAUGCAGAGUCUGAAUGGGGAUUCUUACCAAGGGGCACAAGUCGGAGCCAAUGUACAGUCACAGGUGGAUACCCUGCGCCAUGUUAUCAGUCAGACGGCAGGAUACAAUGAUGCCCUGGGUGGGAACCCCAUGUACAGUCAACACAGCUUAAACGCUAAUGGAGGAUGGCAAGAUGCAACAACUCCGUCUUCUGUAAUAUCUCCCACAGAAGGACCUGGAAGUGUGCAUUCCGAUACCUCAAAUUGAUCCGCUAUAAAAGCAUCUUCGCCCCCCAAGCUGGCCAUGGACUUUUUCAAACAAGGCUUGACCAACGGCAGAGGAUACAAAAACACACCCAAACGGAUUGGUUUUCAAGUACUCCGAAAUUUUUUUUCCAGGACAGUUCGGCGCAAAUGGCAUCCUCCAUUAAGAGCACCAAGUGUUUUCUGAUCGCUCAGUGUUUUCUUUCCGUCUUCAUAAAUCUAGCGAAUCACCUCGCUUUUCUUUGUUUAUUGUUGAGGGGGGUCAGUACAAAUAUAAAGUUGCAAACUUUCUGGAUCAAUAUAAAAAUUGACCUUCUUUUGUUCUGAAUUUUAAAUGGACUCCGAAUAAUAAUUUUGGCCAUUACACUCUAAUUUUUUCUAAUUUUACUUUUUGUUUGGCUCCAAGAGUUCAGAAAUAAAAUCCCCCCACAGUUGAUCACUGUGUCGUGGCACACAGGAGGAGUUGUACAUAAUAUAGUUUAAGAGUAAUUAUGCAUCCUACCAAUCGAUAAACAGCUUCAUUACCUCAUUUAUAGAAAGCAGUCAUUUCCAACAUUUCUGUAGCUUAGAGUGCUCACUUUCUACCUCUAAACUAUACCACCGCCACCAUUUCUUUGGCCCUAAUUUGGUGUUUUUCUCUUUUCUUUUUAAUUUUUUUUUUUUGACCACAUCUCAAAACACUGUAAAUUCUUCAUUCAUUCUAUGUAAUCUAAUGUAUAUUUUAAUCUUUUAAUAAAAUCAAGUUGCUACGUCGCAACUUCAAAUUAAAAAACAGGGAAAAAAAGCAACAAAAAAAAAAAAAAAAAAGCAAAGUGAUCACAAUAUCAGUACCUAAAUGGACAGGGGCGGGCGGGCUUUACAGGUGUUGUUUAAAGGUGUUGGUCUGUGGCUUUUACUGAGGGGUGGGGGAUGAAUAUUGUUGAUAAAAACCAAACAGUAAAACUGUUGUAAAUACCGAGGAAAAAAAACAUUUUGAAUGUUGCUCAUCUUGUUACUAAAUCAUUUCAAAAAGGAUUAAAAAAAAUCAUUCUAAAAAUAACGCAUAGAGGUUUCAGUAUUCACUACUGUACAUUUCCAGCUCUGUUCUACAGGGUUCCAGACUUCUUUUCUCUUUUUUCUAAUGUAUGUGAUUCUGAAACUGAAACGUCAUGACCAAUGAUUUGUGGCAGUGAUUCUAAUGUACUAAAGAUGUUUAGUGUUACUUUCUAACCAGACUACACCCUGGACAGAAAAGUCUUCCUUGUGGUAGUUGUGUAAUUUCAAACAUGAAUAAACUUUUUGCUUUCAUGACAUAAAA